CUGACGAUCCGUUGUCAUUUUAAAAAAAAUCCAUAUCUAUAUAUAUAUAUAUUUUUAAUAACGUCUCAGCUUUCUUUGCACAUUGCCACUUCAGAAACCGAGCGAAAUACCCAGCUCACCUUUGUGGGGAAGGGAAGAGACGCGCGAUUUCCUUUUGGGUUGUUGCUUGACUCUCUAAAAUGCACUGCUACCUUCUAAGUGUCUUCCUCACCCUGGAUCUCGCCACGGUGGCCUUCGCCUUGUCUACCUGCAGCACUCUCGAUAUGGAUCAGUUUAUGCGCAAGAGGAUUGAAGCUAUCCGAGGGCAGAUCCUAAGCAAACUGAAACUCACCAGCCCUCCGGAAGAGUUCCCGGAGCCCGAGGAGGUUCCUCCGGAGGUCAUUUCAAUCUACAACAGCACAAGGGACCUGCUGCAGGAGAAAGCGAACCACAGGGCGGCCACUUGCGAAAGGGAGCGGAGCGAAGAGGAAUAUUACGCCAAAGAGGUUUACAAAAUUGAUCUGCCUUUUUUCCAUUCCGAAAACAAGAUUCCACAAAAAUCACCACAAUCCAGCGCCUAUUUUAAACGAGUGAGAUUUGACGUCUCAGCAAUGGAGAAAAAUGCUUCCAACCUCGUGAAGGCAGAAUUUAGAGUCUUUCGCUUGCAGAAUCCAAAGGCUCGAGUAUCAGAACAGCGGAUAGAAUUAUAUCAGAUUCUCAAAAGCAAAGACCUAACUUCACCAAUGCAACGUUACAUUGAUAGCAAGGUAGUUAAAACACGAGCCGAAGGUGAAUGGCUAUCUUUUGAUGUAACUGAUGCUGUACAUGAAUGGCUCCAUCAUAGAGACAGGAAUCUGGGAUUUAAGAUAAGUUUACAUUGUCCAUGCUGCACGUUCGUGCCUUCAAAUAAUUAUAUCAUCCCAAACCAAAGUGAAGUGCUAGAAGCAAGUUUUGCAGGUAUUGAGGACUACCACAGUGCUGAGAAAACUUUAAAGUCCAAUAGGAAAAAAUACAGUGGGAAGACCCCACAUCUUCUGCUAAUGUUGUUACCCUCCUACAGACUUGAGUCGCAACAGUCCAGUCGACGGAAGAAGCGUGCUUUAGAUGCUGCCUAUUGUUUUAGGAAUGUGCAAGAUAACUGCUGUCUGCGACCAUUUUACAUUGAUUUCAAGAGGGAUCUUGGAUGGAAAUGGAUACAUGAACCUAAAGGAUACCAUGCAAAUUUCUGUGCAGGAGCUUGUCCCUAUUUAUGGAGCUCAGAUACUCAGCACAGUCGAGUACUCAGCUUGUAUAACACCAUCAACCCAGAAGCAUCUGCAUCUCCAUGCUGCGUAUCCCAGGACCUAGAGCCCCUCACCAUUUUGUAUUACAUUGGCAAAACACCCAAAAUUGAACAGCUUUCUAACAUGAUUGUAAAAUCUUGCAAAUGCAGCUAGACAAUACUCCGGGACAGCACAGUGUGUGCAUUUUUAUUUUUCCCUGAAAGAAGAGGAAGAAACAUAACUACAAAGAGGAAGAAACAAAAGAACACGUAGGAUCAGCAAUGUUUUUUAAAAAGGAAAAAAAUGAACGGUACUUGUCUGAAACAUUUGAGAAUUUGUUUCAUUGUUUCAGUUAGUGUUUUACUUUAAACAGGCAUCUGAAGUAAAGCCGUGAAGUCCUUUUCCUACAUUUCACCUACUUGGUUAGUGAGGUAGACAAGAAGCAUUUAUUAAAAAAAAAACCAAAAAAUUAAUUAUACUAACAAGAAAGAAAAAGGAAACCUUUUAAAAAUAAACACUGGAAGAAUUUGUUAGAGUUCUUAUGUGAAAAGGAAAAAAACAGGAAAAAAACCCAUUAAGUGGAGUUGCUGUAUCUAGCCCAUGGCUUACUUGAUCUCCGUGUUGUUAUUGCAUAGAUUCCCUAUCUGUUUCUUGUAGUUUUUAGAAUGAACAGUGCCUUAUUUAUUUUUGUGUAACAUGAUCAAACGAGAACAUGUUGUUGCCAUGGGGGGGGGGGUAUGCAAAAGUUGGAGACCAAAUAAACUGCUACAAACAUGUUUAAUGCUUAGGAAACGUGCUCAAAUGUCCUGAAAACAAUGAUUAGUUUAGUAGGUCAAUUAAAAUACUAGUCUGGUAUUACAUUGUUAGGGAAGUCUGCUUCUUUUAAAAAAGAAAAUGUCACACAUACCUAUUUUUUGCGCUAAGACCCUAGGAAAGCUUUCCACAAAACCUCAUAACCAUGUUUUAAAUACUGAAAAACUUGUUAAUAAAAGACAUUUUGUUUCAGUCUCAAAGACAAAUCUAGUAAGAUUUUUUUUAAGGAACUGUAAAUGAAUAAACUGUCCAAUUAGUAAACUAGUGAAAUAUUUAACAUGUACUGGUCUAAUCUUCAGACCCUAAUAUGUUGCUGUAUAAUGCUUUGGGAUUUUUUCUGGUAUAUGUAACUAUACCUAUAGUAUUACAAUAGGUGGGUAGUAAGAAGCCAGCUUAAUUGGAAACAUAUCUGUAGAUCUUUAUUGUAAACUAUUAAAAAAUGAAGUACUUUAUGUGUAAUGUGUAAAUUUUCACCAUAUUUUUGUAUUCUGUAAUACUGUUAAUUCUGAAGAGUUUGAAUUUGGGGGCUCUUGUUGAUCAUUCAAAAUCAUGUGUUUCCCUCUAGCUGGCCAGUAUGAGUAGAGUCCCUGUAUUUUGACUUGCACUAUAAAUACAUGUUUUAUAAUAUUUGCGAUACA